AUGAUGCAGUGUCCGAUGAUCUCCGUUGCUUUCGACAAGUACGACAAGGUGUUGAUUCUCACCGCGAAUGAUGACUCGCUGAAGCCGCAGAAGGAGACGCUUUUGAGCAACUGCGGUUUCGACGUCGACGAUGCCCGAUUCAUGAUCAAGGGCUGCCAGGAUGUUCCAGGCUUCGAUGCCGUCGCAAAAGGUGAGAAGGUGGACGUCGACUACGUGCAGCCGGGCAUUGUCUACAUGGUCAAGGAGCUCCUGAAGAAAAACGCGUCGAUCCGUGCUAUCUUGCUUGAGUGCACAGAGCUGCCGCCCUAUGCCGACGCUUUGCGCCACGAAACCAAGCUCGCCGUCUUUGAUGCCAUCACCAACGCUGACUUCUUCCUGUCUGCCCGGCAGGACAACCCUCGCUUUGGCUUCAACCAGUGGCAGCUGGAUUGGGAUGGCGAGCAGGAUGAGUACGUAUUCGGGCAGCACCUGAAUGCGCAGCAGAUGGAGCCUGCAGCCACAGGUCGGCGAGGUCCACCAACCGCCGUUCGUGAGGAUGAGUCCGAUGAGGAGGACGGUACAGAAGAGAUCUUUAGCAUGGCCAAGUUCCAGCCGGUGCGUGCUAAUCUGGGCCCUGGAAGUGGUUCCAAUCUACGGGCGUGGGCGCUGGCAGCAGCAAAAGAUCAAAGCGAUGAGGAGGACAGUGGCGAUGACGAGCUUGACUGGAUCGCCCAGCGCCAAAAGAUGCGCGGUGCUGUUCCAUCUGCGCUGCCUUCCAUGAUGCCAGCUGCCUCACUGCCCAGCAUGAGGGCUUCGGGUGGCCGAGGGCCUAAGGAUGACGAGGACUCCGACAGUGAUGUCGAGCCUGUCUUCUUCCGACGCUGA